CUUAAGGAACUUACUACAGUCGGCAGUGGAUGCCAGUAUGAACGCCCUCAGAGUUUGGGGAGGCGGCGUGUACGAGCAGGAUCUGUUCUACAGCAUCUGUGACGAGAUGGGAAUCAUGGUUUGGCAGGACUUCAUGUUUGCCUGUGCAAUGUAUCCCACCGAGGAGGACUUUCUGCAGACGGUCAGAGAAGAGGUCGUCCAACAGGUGCAGCGUCUCAAAUCUCAUCCUUCCAUAAUAAUCUGGAGCGGAAACAAUGAAAACGAAGCCGCUCUGGCGACAGACUGGUUCAACAUCCCAGUUUCCCAGAGGCCUCUUUACCAGAAAGACUACGUGAAGCUGUACGUGAACAACAUACGUGCGAUUGUUCAAGAGGAGGACCAGAGUCGCCCGUUCCUCGUCUCCAGUCCGACAAACGGGGCGGAGUCGGAGCAGGAGGGCUGGGUGGCGGAGAACCCGUAUGACCCUCAUUACGGAGACACACACUUCUACAGCUACACUGAGGACUGCUGGGACUGGAGGACGUUUCCUCGGACGCGUUUCGCCUCCGAAUACGGCUUCCAGUCGUGGCCGUCGUUCUCCACUCUGCAGCCG